AUGAAUCGUUCAAACCUAUUUAGGUUGCGAUCAGUAAUAGAUCAGUUCUCGUUAAAAAAUAUAUCAAGGUGGAAGCCUAUUCGACGCUUAUCAAGCUUAAGAAAUCCACCAGAUGUAGAUAGAAUACAGCAGUUCAGUAUACCCAAGGGUAUAUUGGGACAACCAACUUGUCAUACACACCCUCAUUUAAUAUCACAUGGCAACCUAACGUGUGGGGUCACACAGUUAGAAUACAAGGAAAGGCGGGAAACUUUAGUCAGCAAGUUGGCUGAAGCAGAAAAUCUACAUAAAACUCAUGUUAUAGUUAUACCAGCAGCUAGGAAACAGUAUAUGUCAGAUAAGAUACCAUAUGUGUUUAGACAAAAUUCAGAUUUUUUCUACCUUACUGGAUGUUUAGAGCCCUCUGCAAUUCUCUUCAUGAUAAAACCAGCAGAUAGGGAUACUUAUAAGACAAUUUUAUUUGUACAUGAUAAAGACAGCCAUGCUGAACUUUGGGAAGGUCCUCGCACAGGAUGCUCUGCAGCAACAACAUUAUAUUCUGUUGAUGAAGCGCAGCCUGUUGAAAACUUCAAUAAUUUUAUACACAGAACUAUAUCAUCAUUAAAACCUGCAGUUCUCUGGUACCACAAUGAGAGCCCAGCUAAUCCUGACAUUCAUGAUGUAGUCAGAUCCUCUCUAAAGCAAGGCCAUGCCUCACUGGAAGACCCUCAGAAAUUCCUUCAUCAAAUGAGGGUUGUGAAGUCACCAGCGGAAGUCGAUUUGAUGAAGGAAACAUGUUACAUUGGUUCCCAAUCGGUUAAUAUGGCUAUGGCUUGCACGAAACCUGGUAUAUCGGAGCAUGCUGUUUCAUCUGUGUUUGAAUAUACAUGUCGAAUGUCAGGUGCAGAACAUGGGGCAUUUCCACCAGUGGUAGCGGGGGGGCCUAGGGCUACUCACAUACACUAUGUAGCUAACAACCAACUACUAAAAAGGGAGGAUAUGCUUCUUAUCGAUGCUGGCUGUCAGCGUUGGCUAUACAACUCUGACAUAUCUCGAACAUGGCCAGUCUCAGGGAAAUUCUCUGCACACCAUAAAAUACUUUAUGAACUUGUGCUUGCUGUACAGGUAAAAUAA